CUGUGGGGCAGAGACAUGGCCAGCCGUUCCUACCGCAUCAGCUCCGGCUGCACCACCCGCAAUUUCAGCUCCUGCUCUGCUGUCCUGCCCAAGCCCGGGGCUCACAGCUGCUUCAGCGCAGUCACCUACCGAGGGGGCAGCCCCGGGGGGCCAGGCUACAGGCGCCUCAGCGGCUUUGGCAGCCGGAGCCUGUGUGCAGUGGGGUCCCCCCGGAUUGCUGUGAGUUGCGGGAGGCCCCUGAGAAGUGGAGGCAGCUUUGGCUACCGGGCAGGGGGUCUUGGUGGGCCCAUCCCAUCCUGCAUCACCAGCGUGACGGUCAACGAGAGCCUGCUGACGCCCCUCAACCUGGAGAUCGACCCCAACGCGCAGUGCGUGAAGCACGAGGAGAAGGAGCAGAUCAAGUGCCUCAACAACAAGUUCGCGGCCUUCAUCGACAAGGUGCGCUUCCUGGAGCAACAGAACAAGCUGCUGGAGACCAAGUGGCAGUUCUACCAGAACCAGCGCUGCUGCGAGAGCAACCUGGAGCCCCUGUUCAACGGCUACAUCGAGACGCUGAGGCGGGAGGCCGAGUGCGUGGAGGCCGACAGCGGGCGGCUGGCCUCGGAGCUCAACCACGUGCAGGAGGCCAUGGAGGGCUACAAGAAGAAGUACGAAGAAGAGGUAGCGCUCAGGACCACGGCUGAGAAUGACUUUGUAGUGUUGAAGAAGGACGUGGACUGCGCCUACCUGCGCAAGGCGGACCUGGAGGCCAAUGUGGAGGCGCUGAGGGAGGAGAUCGGCUUCCUGCAGUCCCUCUACCAGGAGGAAAUUUGCCUCCUCCAGUCCCAAAUCUCAGACACCUCAGUCGUGGUGAAGAUGGACAACAGCCGGGAGCUCAACAUGGACUCAGUGGUGGCAGAGAUCAAGGCCCAGUACGAUGCCAUUGCCAGCAGCAGCAGGGCUGAGGCCGAAUCCUGGUACCAAACCAAGUGCGAGGAGAUGAAGACCACAGUCACGCAGCAGGGCGAGAACCUCCGCAGAACCAAGGAGGAGCUCAGCGAGCUGAACCGGCUGAUUCAGAGGCUGACGGCCGAGGUGGAGAACGCCAAGCAGCAGGCGUCGCUGUGUGAAGGCGUGGGCUCCAUCAACAUCUGUGUGAGCCGUUCCCAGGGUGGCGUGGUGUGCGGGGACCUCAGCUCCACGGGCUCGCGUGGCCUGGGCGGUGUGGCCGUCAGCAGCGGUGCCCUCUGCUCCCCUUCUGUCAUGGGGGGCUACCCCAGUGCAAGAUCUGUGCGGUUUGCAUAG